AUGCCGGGCUCGGCGCUGAAGACCAUACCCCUCACCUGGCCGUUCGCCGUUUGGGGCAUGGAUAUGGUGGGCAAAUUCAAGACAGCCUCCGGCGGGUACACCUAUCUCCUGGUCGCCGUAGACAAGUUCACCAAGUGGGUGGAGGCAAAACCCAUCAAGAAGUGCGAUGGUAAAACAACCACCGAAUUCCUGCGCGAACUGAUCUACCGCUACAGCUACCCCCAUAGCAUAAUCACGGACAACGACACCAACUUCGCCAAGGGGGAAAUGGCCGACUUCUGCGAAGACAAGGGCAUCCGACUCGACCUCGCAUCAGUCGCACACCCUGAGUCGAAUGGGUCGACUGGCUUCACGCCCUUCUUCCUCGUGUACGGCGUCGAAGCUAUCAUGCCCACGGACAUCGCCUACGAUUCGCCACGAGUCGCCAACUACGUCGAAGAAGAAAACGAGCGCGCUCGACAAGAUGACGUCGAUCUCCUUGACGAAGCACGCUACCUCGCACUCGCCAGGAAAGCCAUCUACCAGCAAGGCCUCCGCCGCUAUCACAGUCUCCGCGUCCGCGGCCGCUCCUUCCAAGAAGGCGACCUCAUGUUGCGGCUAAUACAGGACAAGAAAGGCAUGCACAAGCUGUCCCCCCCAUGGGAAGGGCCAUUCGCCAUCUGCCGCGCGCUCGGCAACGACUCCUACUACCUGACCGACGUUCGCAAGGAUGACAAAGGCGAGCCGCUCACCAGGGAAGUCGAGCGCCCCUAG